CGGGGAUUGUGCCUUUUUCCCCCCUUUGCCUCCAACUCCCCCAAACACACAAGCAACCCGCAACAAUCAUAAAGUCCGGUAAGGGGGAAGAGAACGCGAGCGAGGGAAGCACCCUCGGCGGGAGAGGAGAGCCCGCUUCUUCGCAGAGACACGGUCCCGCUCGCAGCCGGUCCCAAUGCAACUGCUCAUCCUCCUCCUGCUCUACGCCGCCGUCUGUGCGAACUUCUGCAGCCGUCAGGGCACCACCGCCCCUGCCCAGAGCGGAUCUAUAAAAGCCCUGCGGGCUUCCAACAUCAGGCGAGAUGAGAGCAAUCACCUCACAGACUUGUACCGGAAAGAAGAGAGCAUCAGUGUGGCAGGGAACGGCUGCAUCCACAGUCCUCGCUUCCCCAGCAGCUACCCCAGGAACCUCCUGCUGACGUGGCGGCUCCACUCCCCAGAGAGCACCAGGAUCCAUCUGGCUUUUGAUAAUCAGUUUGGGCUGGAGGAACCCGAAAAUGAGAUCUGCAGGUAUGACUUUGUGGAAGUGGAAGAUGUGUCAGAGACCAGCACAGUUAUUCGAGGGCGGUGGUGUGGACACAAGGAAGUGCCUCCAAGAAUUACAUCAAGGACAAAUCACAUAAAGAUAACUUUCAAAUCUGAUGACUACUUUGUGGCUAAACCUGGAUUCAAGAUAUGUUACUCUCUUGUGGAUGAUUUUCAGCAUGCAGCCUCAGAAACCAACUGGGAGUCAGUCACAAGCUCUGUCUCAGGGGUAUCCUAUCCCUCUCCAUCAGUGACUGACCCUACGCUCACGGCAGAAGCACUGGAUCAGACCAUUGCUGCCUUUGACACAGUGGAGGAUCUGCUCAAACACUUUAACCCCGACUCCUGGCAAGAAGAUCUUGAGAAUCUGUACACAGACAGUGGGCACCAUUAUCGAGGCAGGAGCUACCAUGACAGGAAGUCCAAAGUUGACCUGGACAGGUUGAAUGAUGAUGUGAAGCGUUACAGCUGCACUCCGAGGAACUACUCUGUCAAUUUAAGGGAGGAGCUGAAGCUGACAAAUGUCGUUUUCUUCCCCCGCUGCCUCCUUGUCCAGCGCUGUGGCGGAAAUUGUGGCUGUGGGACGCCAAACUGGAAAUCCUGCACCUGCGUGUCAGGGAAAACAGUGAAAAAGUAUCAUGAGGUGCUGAAGUUCAUCCCUGAGGCUGGCCAUACCAGAAGAAGAGGCAGAAUCAGGAACAACAUGUCCUUGGUAGACAUACAGCUGGAUCACCAUGAGCGUUGUGAUUGUGUCUGCAGUUCAAGACCGCCCCGAUAAAAAAGGAAAAACAAAGAAAGAAAAGAAGAAAACAGGCACACUAAUUGCAUCUUACCGGGCAUUUACUUUCAAGCAGGAUUGCUCUGAGGACCUUUACUCACUAAUCAUU